CAAUAGGAAGAAGGUGCUGGGAAGGUUCUCCAGCAGACCUGACUGUCUACAGUAUAGGUGCCCUCAGAUGACCACAGACCAACAUAAAGACAGAGAGAAAGGUUCCUGCAGCUCAUACGCACUCUGAUGUUUAGACCUGCUGGGCUUGUACCUGCACAAUUUGGAGAUUUGUCGGCUGUGUUUGAUUUUAUACAAGGGAGGUUGUUAAAACUGAAGCCUGCGGACAUGACAGAGACAACUUCACGGUGAAACAUCUCUAAUUAACAAGGACACAUUACCAUCUCCAUUUGAACCUUUGCUUCACCUCCGUGCUGUCAUGUCGGUGUCCCUGUCCAGCAUCCCUGUAGUGCUGAAGGACAAGAGCUACCAUGCCGGCAUGCUGAAGGGCAGUCCCGCUCGGGGCUUCUACCCUGCCCCUCUCCCCGGCCCCCACCACUACAUGGACUUCUUCCCGCGGACUCACAGCCUCCUCCACCCGCUCAAGUCCCUCGGUCGUCUGGUGUCGGACACUCAGGGGUCUCUGCCGCUCAGCCUGCACGGCGGAGCCCCUCCGUUCCUCGGCCAGGGCGGCCACCACGCCUCAGUCCUGCACGAACACAUGUUGAGCGCCUCCGGCAUCCCCUACCUGAGCCAGAUGUUGCCCGGACACCCGCUGCACUCCAAACCAGAGGAGCUGGCUGCUGUGGUGACCGAGCACGCCGCAGGACCGCUGUCCUCGGACUUCAGCAGCCCGUCCAGUGAGAGGUCCUCUUCCGCCUCUUCUUCCGCCACCUCGCCGCCUAAGGAGAGUUUGUUUCGCCUCCGGAGCGCAGACCAGACGCCAGAAAAAACGCGCACGUCUUAUAAUUUUAGCGAGGAUGACUUGUUCAUGGUUCUCUACGGUUACUCCAGCAGCCAGGAGCAAAGCGUGGGUCACGCUAUAUCAGGACUGGCCCUGCCCGAAAAGUCAGUUUCUGACUCUCACAUUCUCCCACUGGACAAAGAAACACUUGAACUUCCAGAGGGGUUAACCAUCCUCCAGGCAGCCUGGGGAAACGUCUCACACCGUGGAGUCUUCACAGACAAAAGCAGCAUCCCUAAAGGGACGCGCUUCGGACCUUUCCAAGGAAAACUGGUCAAUACCAGCGAGAUUAAAACAUACGACGACAACACUCUGAUGUGGGAGGUGUUUGAAAACGGCCGGUUGAGUCAUUUUGUGGAUGGCAGGGGAGGCUCAGGGAACUGGAUGUCUUUAGUGAAGUGUGCUCGUUUCCCAGACGAGCAGAACCUAAUUGCUGUACAGAUCCAGGGUCAGAUCUUCUAUGAGGCCUGCAAAGAGAUCCGGCCAGGACAGGAGCUGCUGGUGUGGUAUGGAGACUGCUACAUGCAGUUCCUCGGCAUCCCUCUCACCCUGAAAGACCCCAGAGAGGACUACAACGUGGUUCCUGCCGCCGAAGAUGCUGGUGAGGGUUUCAAGUGUGACAGAUGCGGAAAGGUGUUUGCAUACAAGUACUACAGAGACAAACAUCUGAAGUACACACGCUGCGUGGACCAGGGCGAUAGAAAGUUCCCCUGUCACCUCUGCAACAGAUCUUUCGAGAAGAGAGACAGAUUAAGGAUCCACAUUUUACACGUACACGAAAAACACAGGCCUCACAAGUGCUCAGUGUGUGGAAAGAGUUUCUCGCAGUCGUCCAGUCUCAACAAACACAUGCGUGUGCACUCUGGAGAGCGGCCAUACAAGUGUGUCUACUGCAAUAAGGCCUUCACUGCCUCCAGUAUUCUGCGAACACACAUCCGCCAGCACUCCGGAGAGCGGCCCUUCAAGUGCAAGCACUGCGGGAAGGCCUUCGCCUCCCACGCCGCCCACGACAGCCACGUCCGGCGGACCCACGCCAAGGACAAGCCCUAUCCCUGCAACCUGUGCGGAGUUUCUUUUCAAGAGGAACAGGAACUUCAAUACCACACGAAAAGUCACAAAAAAAUCUUGGACAGCACAGUUCUUCCGUCUUCUCCAGGGAGUGGAUUACAGGAGGACUCCGUGUUUCCAGUGGAGGACAAUCCAAAAAUACAGACAAACGCCGGACAAAACUUUCCUUACACCGGAUUAACAGUUUUAAAUCCAGAAUAUCGGCCCUGGAACUAGUCUAUAUGAGCUAACCUGUACUCAGUAAACCCUGACAAAGAGAACCAUUCUAAUCGUGUGUAAUAUUUUAGAGGAUUUUAGAUGAUACAAAUAACACAUGAAAACUAAAUCUAUACAGGAACAUGUGAUAAUGCCAUGAGAUAAAUAAACAAGGUUUAUAAGUUGGAAUCUCGUGGUUUUUCUUUAUAUAAAUGCUGUUUAAGUAAAAGAAUGUUGUUCUAUAAUAGGUCUAUUUAAAUAGGCUCAUCAUAAUUUAAAUUGUUGGCAAAAAUGUGUCUAACUCUAUUUAUAAUAUGUUAAAAUGUGUUGUCUGUUGUUUUGUGGCUUAAAGCUUUCACUCUGCAAUGAUUUUGUGAACCCAGUGUGAUUCCAUAAUAAUAAUAAAAACGGUUAAAAUAAUAGUUUUUAUUAUUAUUACAUUGGGUUUUCUUAAAUCGAUUAAUGCUUGAAAAGCAGAGCUAUUUUUAUCAUUGUAGAUUUGAGCCUAUUUGUGUACAAAAUAAAUGUUAUACCCUCUCUUAAUUUAUAAUGUAUGAUAAUAUUUUUUACUGUAAUGUACGGCUGCAAAAGCAAUCGAAAGUGUCCUCGUUUGUUCUCUAUGAGCGUCUGCUUUUUA